UAUCCCCUUAAUGGUUACAGAUUUCCUUUUAUAAUUGGUGUAUGGUACGGGCAUUCAAAACCCGAUUAUUUAGAAGGGUAUUUAUCUAAUUUUAUUGAAGAAGUUAAAAAUUUGACUACUAAUGGUUAUGAUUUCCAUGGUAAAAAUAUUGCUUUCAGCAUAGAUACAUAUAAUACUGCUCUCAAAGCAGUUAAAACUGUUUUAGAGGGAGAAGAGACAAUUGCUCAAACAGAAGUAGAAACUGAUUAUGAUAAACCAAGAAAGAGGAAAAAAAACAGGAAAUAUACAUGUAUAUCAUCUUCAUCAGAAAAUAAAGAAGCAGAUGAUUCUUCAAACAUUCUUUGUGGUACAAGCAAUGAGAUACCAGCACCAAAUGCUCUUCUUCCGAAUAAAUUAAAAGCGCUUCUUAAAAAUAAAUCUGUGAAAACGUCAGCUGUAUUUCAACAAAAAGCCACAUCUGUUGGGAAAUUAUUCUCCCGUAAUAAGUCAUGUGUUAAAUCUAUAAGCUCUUUAACUUAUAACAAUAAUACAUUAAAGGAAAAUCCGGUAAAGCAGCAUUCUUCUUCAAUAUUGAAUGAGGCUUCCAAAAAGUCUUUGUCUCCUCAAUCGACUAUGAAUAAUAAUGAACCUACAUCAGACAGUUCUUCAACAUCUAUGAGUACACUUUCUGUACAAAUGCAAUGCGAUCGCUUAGGGAGAAAACACAAAACUUUCUUAAGAAAUAUUAAUAAAACGAAAUCAUCUGUGACCCCUUUGAUGAUGAUGGUAAAGAUAGCAAUAACCACGAAAAUCUUACUGAUAUGAUAUACUCCGAGACUCCAAAAAAUAAAAAUAGCGUUU